GAGGAGAGCCAGACGAUGGAAGAAGAGACGGAGGAGGACGAGAACCUGCCACCGGGGGAAGAGCAGGGGAUGCGGGACAGCCUGCUCGGGGGAACCCCGGAAGGGGGACCGGUGCCUGCUGAGGUGCCCUCACAUGGAGACCUGGAGAAAGAAGAGCGGAGCCGGGUCCCGGAGGGAGGCUUCGGCUGGGUGGUGGCGCUGGCGGCCACCUGGUGCAACGGCUCCAUCUUCGGUAUCCAGAACUCAUUCGGGAUCCUAUACGUGAUUCUGCAGGGAGAGAUGGAGGGUAGCGAGAAGCACGGCAUGGACUUCAGGACAGCUUGGGUCGGUUCUCUUGCCAUGGGAAUGAUUUUCUUCUGCUCCCCAGUUGUAAGCAUUUUCACAGAUAGGCUGGGAUGUCGAAAGACCUCAUCUGGAGGAGCUGCAUUGGCUUUCAUUGGAUUGUUGUCGAGUUCGUUCACAAAGUCUCUAGGUGUCCGAUAUUUUACUUACGGAAUCCUCUUUGGUUGUGGCUGCUCCUUUGCUUUCCAGCCCUCAUUGGUCAUACUUGGUCAUUACUUCAAGAAGCGCCUUGGUCUUGUGAAUGGCAUUGUGACCGGGGGUGCUUGCGUGUUCACAAUAUGCUUUCCUUUCUUGCUGGAGAUAAUGGGAAAAGCUAUCGGAUUGGCACAUACAUUUCAAGUGCUCAGUGUUUUCAUGUUCAUUCAAAUUUUCCUGUCUCUGACCUUUAAGCCACUUCUACCAAGCCCGGUAGAUGAUCAUGAGAGAGCUAAUUUGGCAGGAAGAAGUAAGACCCAGCAGUGUGUGGCACAUACAAAAAAGUAUUUCAACAUGCAAGUAUUCCAGAAGACAACCUACAGAAUCUGGGCUUGUGGUAUUGCCACAACGGUAUUGGGAUAUUUUGUUCCAUAUAUACACCUGAUAAAGUUUGUGGAGAAACGAUUUAAGGAUAACUCUGGGAAAUGGAUACUGUUGGUGUGCAUUGGAGCAACAUCUGGCAUUGGGCGCCUUACUUCUGGCAAAAUUGGCGACUGUAUUCCUGGUCUGAAGAAGAUCUACUUGCAGGUGGUCUCCUUACUACUGCUGGGUAUUCUGAGCAUGAUGCUGCCACAAUGCCAGGUUUUUGAAAGCGUCAUUGUUGUAUGCCUGUUUCUUGGCCUGUCCGAUGGCUUUUUUAUUAGUAUGAUGAGUCCUAUUGCUUUUGAGUUGGUGGGUCCAAUGCAAGCUUCACAAGCCAUCGGUUAUGUCCUGGGGAUGAUGUCCAUUCCAAUGACAGCUGGACCUCCUCUAGCAGGACUGCUACGAGAUCAUUUUGGGAAUUAUGACCUGGCAUUUUAUCUAGCUGGAAUCCCUCCUCUCAUUGGAGCUCUAGUUCUCCUGUCUGUUCCCCUGCUCCAUGAGAGAGACCUGAAGAAGGCCAAGCAGGCUGAGCCCGGGAAAGAGAAGACACAAGAUGGUGUGGUGAAUGGAGAACUUCUUCCUGGAAGCCCUGUGACUGAUGCUUCUGUUUAGAGAGCUUAUAAAGAGUCAACACCCAGGGGCACAAUGUCUAUCCCAUGGCAACUCUGCAUAGAAACAUAUUUUAGUGAAAAAAGUGUUUUCAAGGUAUAUGCUGGGUUGCUAAUUUACAGCAUUUUUCUGAAUUGCAUUUCAGCCUGGAAGAGUCUCAGGAUCAAGUCUCAUAUUCUUAGGAGGCCAUAUAGUUGAUCUGAUUUUUUUUACAAAGUUUAGUAGAAAUGCGAUUUUAUGUUUGUGCAAAACACCUGGGAGGGAUCCUGGCAAUGCCAAUUAUAGGCUACAGAUAUACUUAAGAUGACCCUAAUGAAGGUAUAUGUCCCAUGUAAAUCUUCAACUACUUCAAACAUUCCUAGGUGUAAAAGAGACCCAAACGUGUUGUGGUGUUUGCAUCUUCACUUCAUUUGGUUGAAUGUUUAGCUGUCUUAUACAUUUUGCAUUGCUUCUUCAUCAUUGACAAAACACUUUUGAGGUGACAGAUGACUGAGUCACAAGUUUCACCACUUUAAGUGUCAUGUUAAAAUUUGCGAUGUGUGAUUUUGUUAAUUGGCCUCUUCCCCUAAACUAGAAGAAACAGAUUUUCAUGGCAAUAUCAGGGCUGACUACUCAACACAGGUUUUAAAUGAAGCAUACAAGAGGAAAAUAACUAUUUCAUGAAACUUUAUGUAAUGUUGAAAAAGUCAAUGUAUCUGACUGAUCUCACACAUUUCCAAAGAGUUUUCCUAUAUUCAAGUUGAUCUCUUGUGUAAGAUCUCUUUCAGUCAGAGUUUCACCAUGCCAUGUAUACUUACAGACACUGGUAAUUUUCAUAUUACAACUAAAGAUAAUGAGAUAUAUAUAUAUAUAUAUAUAUAUAUAUAUAUAUAUAUAUAUAUAUACAUACAUACAUAUCCCAUGCAUCUAGAUUCCAGGAGAAGUCCUAUUAACAUUUUAUUAGGCCUUCAUGAAAAUGAGGGGAAGCUGUCAUCCAACUAGGAUCAUUCUAGGUCCAGAAGCCCCUAUGCCCUUUUGUACCCGAAUGGUAGUGUUUCAUUACAUUAACCAGCAACUACUGCUUUAGCUUCCCUUUCUACCUUCAGUUUGAUAAAUAGCUGGUACCUAAAUCAAUCAAUAACCAUGUGCUUGAGCCUAAAAGCAAUACAACGUACAAAAUAAAAUUGGAGAUUCUGCCUAAAUAACUCAUAAAUUCAGAUCACAGAAAAUGCUGAUGGUAAGUGGUGUGGAUUUGCCAGCACUUUACAGUGCCAAAAACGACAGGAUUCAGGAGUGUAAAUCUUAAGUAUGCCUUCUAGUGAAGAGCCCAUUAAUUACUGGAGCAUAACUGUAUUAUAUGGUUCAUUGGUGGAAUGAAGGGUCAUAUGCAAGGUUCCUAAAAUUAAUUAGCUAGGCCAUAAAUAAGCAAUACUAAAAGCACGUACUCCACACUGGGGAUGGUUGUGUUGGCACUUGUCCAUGUUCAUUAAUUGCCAAAAAGAUUUAGGAACGAUAACAGGGUAUACCAUCCUAAGGUGCCGGGAAUCUACAUGUCCGAAGAGUUAUAUGAUUAUGAAGCAAUAUUGCAUGUGUUAUGUGGCUGCCAGGAGUGAAAUGGAUGUGAUAAGGAAGACAUGCUCUAAACAGAACAUGGAGACAAAUGCUAUGGUCACUGUAAAGUAUAUGUCAGUGAUGUAUCUUUUAGCCUAUGAUGCCUUCACCCCUUUGUUGUGCCUGUGGAGUUUAAAUAAAGAGGACUUUUGUGCACAGACUGGAAAUAAAGAUUUACUUUCCAGUUCUGCCCCAAGAUUUCCAGUUCUGUCCCUUCUCUAGAAUUCCAGUCCUAUGGAAUGAAUUGUAAGCCGAUCUAGAUUACUUUGUAUGUGAAAAUUGAAUGUUAUCAUUGUAUUGCUCAUAUACUCAUCUGCACAUGGUCUAUAACAUUGUGUUAUUCACUGUUGUGGCAUUCUGGUAGGUUAUGGAAUGAGAGAGGUUUUUGUCUACUUUUUAUUUUUUUUGCAUAAAAUCCAACAAUAUUGUACUACUAAGGUAUGUGAGAGAAAAGUGUGAGUGUAUGUCUCCUGUACAUUUUGCCCAAUGUAUUAUUGUGCUUAGGAUACUAGAAAAUUUCUGCAGCUGUUGGUCUAUGAAUCAAUGCAAGAUAGGGGGCAGAUUUACUAUUGCCAAUGUGCCAGAAGUUCUGGCUUAAUUUGCACCAAAACACUGUCCUACAUCAUUUAUUGUUGCAUGGGACAAAAGGUGUAUGGCUCCAAUAAAAAGGGAGUUGGCUUAAGAUGUGACACAGCGCGACAAAAGAAUCAAAAGAAUUCUGAUGCAAGAUUCUGGUGCAGUUUAAACCAACUACUAAUUAGUCUAAAUUUACACUAGACAGUAUAACAGUAUAAAGAUGUUACAAAUUUAAGCAAUGAUACACUGUGAUAAAUAAGGCACAUUCUUAGACUUUUUAGUCAAAGUUUGUAGUGUCUAAGACAGUGUAACCAAACCAGGCCUUUGGCUGUCCAGGAAUGCUGGGAGUUGUAGUUUUGCAACAGCUGGAAGCACCCUGGUUUGGGAAUACUGGUCUAACAAAUAAUUUUAGUAAAUCAGCCCCGGUAUGUUUAAUCGAAGGUAAGGAUACAUGUUUUUUUUUUAGCUCUGCAGUUUAUUGGGGGUUUUCAGGAUAACUUACUUUAUCUGUACAGGAGAGUGACAGUAAUGGCUGUUUAGUAGCAGUCUAUUUAGGUGCAAAUGUGCAGUUUGGAAGGUAAACUAUGUGUGGAUGUGCAAAUCAUUUGUUGCUGCCCCAGCCUUAUAGUGAAAGCAGCCAUAGUCCCAUUUAAAGGUUAAUUCAUACAUGGAUUUGUGCAGCUAAAAUCGCCAGCACAAUACAGUAGUAGGCAAAUGGAUGAGUUUUUUUUUUUCCAUGCAGAAAUUGACAUAAAAUUCAAAUACUUCACUUGUGACCUUAUCCUAAAGGCAGGGCUCAAAUACUGCAGGAACACAUGGGAACAGUGUUCCUGCACUUUUUUCCACAAGAGAAACACUGUUUCCAUUAGUAUGAGUCAUGGAGGACCAACUCUUGAGUGAGUUCCCACAUUUUUUCCCAGGUCUUGACCCCUGCCUAAAGGGCGAUUUAGGUCUAGGAAGGAAGGCGCUUGUUUAUAGCUGCCAGGCACGGUUAGACAGCUGUAAGCUACACUGUUUACGUAACAGUGUAGCUUGCUGUGCUGGUCUCAUGCAGUUUGUUCAAAACGUGACAGAUUGCUAGGAUUUCAUUACAAUUUUGCACCUAAAUUCAUUGUUGCUACAUGAAACUUGAGUCUUGUUCACAACCAAAACAAAGGAGUGGGUCCUAAACUGUUACUUUGGAUUCAGACCCUGUUUUGGUUUACAAAAAAUGCAUGUGUAAUUGCACUUUGUGAACUUGGCCUUAAAGAAGCGCAUACAUUUUUUUGGUGUUUUUGCUCAUACCAGGCACACUCAUCAUCACUAUUCCUACAGUGCUGUUUGUUUCAUUCCAGCACAGCUGCAUCCAUGCAUUUCAUUAUUGUACCUUGUCAGGACCACCAGGAAAUUACAUGGCUUUACUAAUUGAUCUGUCCUGGGUCAGCUGACUUCUUGUGAACUACAGGAUGACAUAAUUGCCUAUCAGGCCCCUCCCAGAUCUGUAUGCUGCUGCUGCUAUUUCUAUCAGAUUAGGAUAUAUAGUAGUCAUACGCUUCUCCUGUGUUCACAUAGUGUCGUGUUUGUUCGUUUUUUUUGUUAUGAACUGACACCAAGUAUUGGCAGUCCAUGCUGUUGGAGUCUAGCCAGGUGAUUAUGUUGUUCUGCAGUGAUAGGACUCCACUCCCAGAUUCAUGGGAAAAGUAGGCAGCAUCAGAAAAUAAUUUCUGCAAUUAAAUAUUAGUCAAUGUGGCUGAAAACCCAUACUGCACUGUAUAAGCAAAAAGAAAAAUUCCCAGAGUGCUUCAUUAAAGAGUAAGGUUCAAAUGGCUGCAUUGUAACAUCUUUAUAGCAGGACGGUGGCAUAGAGGUUAUUGUUGUUGCCUUAGAGUGUUGAGUUUCUGGGUUUAAAUCUUACAAAGGGCAAAAUCUACAUGAAGUUUGCAUGUUUUCCCUGAUUUGUGAUAGUUUCCUCCCAAAUGUUAGAAACAUACUGACAACUUGGCUUCUGAUGAAUAUUGUCCCCAGUGUGUGCCUGCCUGACAAUGAUUGGUGUAAAUGGUAACAAUCUCUGUAGAGCAUUGGGGAACAUGCUUUGUGGAGCUCCGUCAGCAAUUCCUUUGAUUUUAACAGACCCCAUUUAAGUCAGUGGGAUCUGUGGUGACCCGGUAGAGUGUGUUGUGCUCCUGCCCCUUUUUGAGGCCAUUCUUACAACUGCAGAAGAACUGCAGGAUGAAGACCAUUGCUUUAAACACUACUCCAGUUUAGGGUGAAAAGGAAAAAUUCAUGAACAAAUUACAUAAAAUUGCAAUAUUUAAACUGGGCCUAAAAUGGCAACUAUGCAAUUUCAGUUUCUCAAGCAUAUGGGUUAAAACUAACUUCUAAACACUUCAGAAAAGCUUUCCUUUGGUUCUUUACCUGGAUAGUUACAUUUGCUUCUCCAAACACUUGUUUGAAGAACUUGCUGGGAGUUGAUCAGGAUCAAACUACAAGCCGGUGUGUUUUCAUGAACCAGCCUCUAGUUUUACAUGGAGUAGUGGUCAGCCCUGCAUUCUGUGCCUCCUGCAGAAAUGGGAAAGAAUAUUUCUCUAUUCAUUGGGAAGAAAUUUGCUGGGUUAAUGUAAAUAAGUAGGGCUUUUCCUGUAACAUAAAGAAGCUGCUCAUCAUAUAUAAGAAGCAAUGACAAUCAUUUGUAGGAGGAAACUUUGCCUUAGAGGAGAUAAGAGAAUUUGCUAGAGUAUUGACCAAGGAGACGUAAACGCACAUUAGCUUUACUAUUUAAUGGACUUGUGUGAAGCUGUGGAUAUUUUUUAUUUGAUUUGUGUAAAAUGUGUAAUCCGAUUUCACAAUGCUGACAAUAUUUUGUAGUGCAUGUCUUCUUGCUGUAAGACAUCUGUGCAUUUCAUAUAUUGUUACCUUGUCUGCAGUACUCACUGUGAAAUCCAGCAUGUGGAACCAUGAACAAGAUUCACCAUUUCCCUAUGUCGGGCUCUGAUAUUGGGAUAAAUAGCUGUUAACUUGGUAGAUCCUUCUAAAACUGAAAGGUAAUACUUACAUAUUAUAACGCACAUUUCCAGCAUUAUUUUACAAUAAGGUUAAUACCAUGGAAAUGUUCUUUUAUCCUGCUAUCAACUUUCUUUGGUUCUGAAAGGUUUUCCUCAAAGGAGUGUGGUAUGUUUUUGUAUGCAUAGACCAGUGUAAGAUUCUUGAGUAAGGCCUAUAGAGCUCACGAAUCCAUGCACUGGUUACGACAAGUAGCUUACAGGAGGAUGUACUAAGAGGCAUCUCACCUACAAGUGGGUUGAGCACUGUGCAGGGUUGUCUAACAUUACAAAGGGUCUGCUCUUUCUCUAAAACAUGCCAAUCUUGUCAAUAGUUUUUUUUUUUUAUUGCAGCUCAGUCCCCUUUUUAAAUGAUAGCUGGAAUGAUAUGGGGUCUCCAAUCUCUCCUAUAGAGAGAUGGGAAUUGUAAACUGAAAAGCGGUAACCCCAAGAACAUGCACACUCCCUAAUGUUUAUAUUUUAUUAAAAUUGGUGUCAGACUCAACAAAGUGCUUGUGUAAUGUUAUACUCCCCUGCCCCUAUCCGUUACUGUGUUGGGAUGGUGUCUGGUCCCAGCUGAGAAAUGCUUUUUGCUUUGUUUUGACAUGCAUUAAAUUCUUAGUAUGCAUUUUCUGUGUGUCAAGACAAAAGCAGGAAGCGCACUAUUGCAAAGGAUGGGGGCAGGUGAGUAUACACAAUUUAUAGGGCAAACAAACCCUUUAAAUAAGCCUAAUGUGUAGUUCAUUGCCACUUUGUGUCCCCUUUUUAAGUGACAGCCCUACUCUUGCUGGUUCCCAUUUGCAAGGUUUGAUAAAAUUGUCUGUGAGUGCCUUCUCAGCCUCCAGUGAUUCUGUAUUCAAUGUUGGUGUUUAAUCUAUUCUACCAUACUGCAAAGUAUCUGAAUAUGGACACUGGGAGACGGCACCAACUGGAGAAUUUUGCAACACAUUUUAAAUAACCUGAAACACACUUAAUUGUUGCAAUUGGAGACUCUUGUUAUAUCUUCCUGUGAAAACGAGUGCCUUCCCUCUAUCCUGUCUGGUAUACUAAGUGCUGCUUGCUGGAUUUUCAACCAAAAUGCGCAAUUUGGCUAUAUUAACAAUAAUAAGAAUAAUAAUAAAAAGUGCCAUUUACUUUUGUAACAAUCUUAUUUCUCGAGAUUGUGUUUUUAUACUAAGUUUUUCAGUGAUGUGAAGUGUUGUCUGAUUUCGACACCAUGCCUUAAAUAUACCUCUUGUAGAUGCCAGUAAUGUGCAUGUGCCGGGCACUGGUCUGCCUUUGCUUAUAGUAUGAAAUGAUGUAUGAAAUGUUCACUUUUGUUUAGAAUUUUCUGAUUUAACCUCUGUUUGUCAUUUUUAACUUUCGCUGUUGCAAAGCCACUACCACAGACCCAUACCCUGUGUUCCCGGGUUAUCCCCCAGCUUGUCCAACAUGCAGUACUUUACACCUUGAUCAAUGACAACGAAGAAGAAUUUGCAGCUUAGUUUAAUUUCCUUAAGUUUAAUUGUCCAAAUAGAAACCAAAUGUGAAAUGAAAAUGAGUUAAUCCCAAAGCAUUAACAAUUUUAUAUAAAAAGAAAUGAUCUUGUUCUAAUUCUUAAUAGAAUUGGAUUCACUUGUAUUGAAGCAUGUGGGCCAAAAGGUUCAUACUGACUUUACACUUUUUUUUAAAUUUUGCUUUAAUUUUAGAUAUUUGUAAAAUAUUUUCUAUAUACACUGUACAAGAUGAGAAAUGAUAAUUUACUGAACCUUAGCAGUAAUAUUUAUAACAAAGAACAAUACAAUAAAAUCGUGUUAACCUGU